ACCAUUAAAUACAACAAAAACAGUAAUAAAAAACCGUUAUUUGAGAAGUUAAAAAUAAAAAAGAAAUUUGAGAAACACAAACAACAUUAAAAACGUCACACAAAACAAAACCAAAUAAAUGUAAUAAAAUGUCCUUUUUGCAAAUCCACAAUAAAGAAAAUGAGUUAAUUUUAAACACACCAAAUCGCUUGGAAAUUCUAAAAGAGGGACCACCAAUCAAUCAAAUUAAAAACAAUUUGUUGGGACGAGGAACAUAUGGCACGGUAAUUAAGGCUAUUUAUAAAGCAAAACCAGUGGCCGUGAAAAUUAUUAAAAAUGUAGAAGAUGUAAAUAAACAAUCAACACUUAAUGAGGCCAAUAUAUUGGGUUGGUUGCAUCCAAAUAUAGUGAGGAUUUUUAAGAUUGAAUCCACUACCAAUUUUUCUAUAGUUGUAAUGGAACGUUUUAAUGGCCAGUGUUUGCAAAAUGUUUUGGAUACGAUUGAAUUGCCUUUGGUACACCGCAUAUUCAUUGCCUCGGAUAUAUUGUCAGGUUUAAUACAUUGCCACAACAACUAUUUGUUACACUUGGAUAUUAAACCCCAAAAUAUAAUGGUACAACUAAUGUAUCCAAAACCGCAAGAAAAACUUAUAUUAAAUAAACCAUACAGAAGGUACACAUGUAAAUUGUGUGAUUUCGGAUCAUCGAUAAAAAUAUCUAAAGAAAACCCACAAACAACAGGUUUAGCAAAGGGCACUUUACGUUACAUGGCACCAGAAGUCCUAAAAGAAGAAUAUAUAAGUGCUGCUGCAGAUGUGUAUGCCUUUGGCAUAACACUUUGGCAAAUGUCUUAUCGUCGUAUGCCCUACUAUUGGCUGGAAUGUAAUGAUGUGGUGGCCUAUCAAGUGGUUAAACAUAAACUGAGACCCAAUGCUCUACAAUCAAAUAUGCAACAAAUUACCAAACAUUCCUCUAACAUACACAAUAAUUGUUUGUGUGAAACAAAUUCCACAAAUUUAUCGUACCGUUCAAUAGAAAAUUUACGCAAUAUUUUAAAUAAAACCAAAUGUGAAUUGCUAGAAACAGAACAAGUGUCAAGUGCUGAAUAUUCUGUGAAAAAGUUUGACAUGAAAAGAAAACCCUUAAAGGAUUUAAAUCAAAAUUUGAAUACCAAUCCAAAGAAAUUGAAUGUUAAACGUGAUUUACAACAAGAUUUUAAUCUCAUCGAUGCGUUUGCUUUGACGAGCGUAUUCAAAAAUUAUAGUGUUUUUAUUGAUUCUCCACAAAAGGAGCAGAUGUAUGAGGAAAUAUUUAAAUCCUGCUGGCUCAGUGAUUUUAAUCAAAGACCCAAAACUUGGGAUUUAUUAAAAUGUUUUAAUGAAUUAAUGUAGAUUAUAUUGUAUAUGUAG